GCGUGCGCAGUAGCUCUCGCGACACUCAAGUGGGAAUGCGUGUGGGAUCUCCGCUCUGCUUAUUCCAGAACAGCUUUGCUUCUCUGCAACCCACACUUUAGUGUACUGUACGGCUACUGACAACUUGAUUACGGCCUGGAUAGUAGUGGAAUAAGUGGCUGCUGGUUUACAAAUUUCGGGUCCCAAAUAUGAAUGUGGUGUUCUGGGCAUGUGUAAUUUCACCUCUUCUGGCAGUAGGAGUUUUGUCACAUGAAGAUGGUCAUCUGGAAGCAGAAGUUGAUGACUCUGAAGAGAGCCCUUCUGACAGCCAGGAUAUUGCAGAUGACAGCAAAUCUGUGUUUCAGGUAACAUACAAGACCCCAGUUCCUGUGGGUGAAGUGUAUUUUUCAGAAACAUUCGAUCAUGGUUCCUUAGAUGGGUGGUAUCUGUCAAAAACAAAGAAGGGUGAAACUGAUGAUGAAAUUGCAAAAUAUGAUGGAAAAUGGGCAGUGGAACCUUUGAAGGAGAAUGCAGUAUCUGGAGAUAAAGGAUUAUUGCUGAAGUCUAGAGCCAAGCAUCACGCAAUUGCAUCAAUGGUGAAAAAGCCAUUUGUUUUUGACAAAGACCCUUUAGUAGUACAGUAUGAAGUCAAUUUCCAAGAUGGAAUUGAUUGUGGUGGAGCUUACAUGAAACUUCUGACUGCAUCAGAUGAUUUAAACCUGGAGCAGUUUUUUGACAGAACUCCAUAUACGAUUAUGUUUGGGCCCGACAAAUGUGGAGAAGAUUACAAGUUACAUUUCAUCUUUAGACACAAGAGCCCUAUAACAGGAGAAUUUGAAGAAAAACAUGCUAAACGCCCUGAGGUUGAUCUGAAAAAAUAUUACACCGACAAAAAAACCCAUCUGUAUACUCUUGUGUUAAAUCCAGAUAAUACUUUUGAGAUCUUCAUUGACCAAAACAGUGUGAGUACAGGAAGUCUUUUUGAAGACAUGGUUCCUCCUGUAAACCCACCCAAGGAAAUUGAUGAUCCCAAUGACAGUAAACCAGAUGAUUGGGAUGAGCGUCCAAAAAUCCCAGACCCAGAUGCAAGUAAACCUGAUGACUGGGAUGAAAAUGUACCUGCUAAGAUAGAAGACCUUGAUGCUGUUAAACCAGAAGGUUGGCUUGAUGAUGAGCCAGAGUAUAUUUCUGAUCCUAAUGCAGAAAAACCUGUUGACUGGGAUGAGGAAAUGGAUGGAGAGUGGGAGGCUCCUCAGAUACCCAAUCCAGAAUGUGAAAAGGCUCCAGGUUGUGGACCUUGGAAGUACCCCAUGAUCAACAAUCCAAAUUACAAAGGCAAAUGGAAGCCACCCCUAAUUGAAAACCCAAACUAUCAGGGAAUAUGGAAACCAAGAAAAAUCCCAAAUCCAGAUUAUUUUGAAGAUGAUAAUCCAUUUGGCAUGACACCAUUCAGUGCAGUUGGUUUAGAACUUUGGUCUAUGACCUCUGAUAUCUAUUUUGACAAUUUUAUUAUCUGUUCUGAAAAAGAGGUUUCUGAUCGUUGGGCGUCUGACAGCUGGGGAAUAAAGAAACUGGUGGCCAGUGCAAAUGAGCCUGGAGUGUGGAGUCAGUUGAUCAGUGCUGCAGAUGAACGACCUUGGCUUUGGAUAAUUUAUAUUCUGACUAUUGCUUUGCCUGUAGGGUUGAUUGCGCUAUUCUGCUGGCCCAGGAAAGCAGGCAGUGCAUCUCUGCUUAAGAAGACAGAUGCUCCUCAGUUGGAUGAGAAAAGGGAAGAUGGUGAUAAUGAAGAAGAAAUAAAAUUGGAUGAAGCAGGUAACACAGUAGACCAUAGUGUGAAGGGAAGAGGCAUGCUGGAGAGCCAUGACGAAGAACUUCUGGUGGAUGCCUCAACGAAAGAAACUGGUCAGCUAGAUAAAAGAGAGGAAGAGAAUGGGACUAUAGGAAAAAUGAGUCAAAAUGAUGAAGAGGACGAGGAAGAAGAGGAUAAUGGCAAUAAAUCACAAGAUACUGCAUCAGAAGACGAGAUGAAAGAUGCUGAUGAAGGCACAGAAGAUGGGCCAGUACAGCCAGUGCGUAAACGACGAGUACGGAAGGACUAACUCCCUUUCCCUAGUAGCUAAUGUGUUUGGUUCGGUUUUUUUUUCUCAAGCAGUGUAUGCCUGAUAGCAUGCGGGUUGCCCAGCUGCUAGCGAGGGAUGACCACAUAGAUUCUAUUCCAAAAUCACUCAUGUUGACAUUCAGACCUUGAAGCCUUGUCUAUUUUCUGGAAUUAUUCCUCUUUCUUUCCUUUGGUCUUCCCUUUGAAAUAGUUCUGUUUGAUUGGAAUAUUCACAUUGUAAGUUGAACGACUCCAGAUGUUGAUAAAUGAGUAAGAUGAAUGUGCAGCUACAUCCUAACACUUGACACUUUGUUUUUUUUUACAUUUGUUUGUUUGUUUGUUUGUUUGUUUGUUUGUUCUGAAGAGCUAAUUGCAUUUGCGUCUAAAAUGAUAAAAGAUAGUGAAGUAAAUUGUAAAACGCUAUUUUUUCAAGUAUUUAUAGAUGAAUGUAUGUCUGUUCUCUGCUGAGCAAAGAUACACUGGAAGUAUGUAACGCAUGGUUUUAGUUUCAUUCCAAUCUUUUUUUUAUUCUGCUUUUCCCAAAGAAUGGUGGUGUUUUUUAAAGUGAUGUAAGGGUUUAGCGGAUUGAAGUGACUUAGGUUUGAUUACCUGAAAAUGAAAAAGUUUUAACUUUUUUUUUCUUUUAAGUAUUAAACAAAAAUAGAGAUUUAGUUCUUCAGAAUGACAGCCUCAAAAGUAGUACUCGAAGACAGCAUUUUAUUCAGCCCUCUGCGUAGCCGCUUAUGAAAUCAUUUGAUUUUAAUUGGCAGUAAGUGGUUAAAACAAAAGAUUUCAAAAGGGCGAUUGAACAUAGUGGGGUGAAAUUGGUAGGAAACAGUUGGGUAUUGGGUGCUGAGUGCAGCCCCUUUAUGAUCUCUGCCUGGAGCACUCUAGACUCGUGACCAUUUACAUUCAGAAAUAAUUGUAAUAAAUGAAGAAUUGAAAAGACCACUUCUUCUGAUGAACAGGUGCAGCGUGGACAAACAAAAGUAGAGGAGGCAGAAUGUGUGGUGUUGGAGGACAGAAAUCACCUCUUCAGUAAAUUAUAAAAUAUGUGCAAAUGAGGAAGAUUUUGACUUGCCAGCUUGUCGUGGUCAGUGGACAGCACUGGUGAUUGUUUUUCCUCCUCUCUCUGUUGUUGUUUAAACUGAGAGAAGGCCUUGUUGAUCUUUCCAGUUUCUGUGUCUUGGAAUCUCUUUGUCUCUGUACAUUAUUUAUUGUUCUACAUUCCAGUUAAAGAUUCCGUAAAACCAGAAAUUUGCUCUUUACUGACUUAGGUGUCCAGUCUUCGAGGUUUUUUUUUUUAUCAAAACUAUCAUGUUGAUGUCUUUGAUAAACGUUUCUGUGUGUCAUUUUGUGUCUGACCCUUUCACUUUGGUCACAGUUUGUUCUGUGGCAGCCUUGUACUAAAAUCAUUUAAAUCAAUUACUUUCCUCAUUGGCCAACACUUAGUACCCCCAAUGGCAAAGAGAAAACAGCAUUUUAGAAAUGUUUGCUAAU